CCAGUGCUGUGGUGACUUUCUCUGCUGCUCCUUGUGAACCAGCAGACCCAUGAGAUUCACAGGAAGGUUCCUAUAGGCAAAGACUCAUCCUUCCCAGCAAUGCUGCAAAAGUUUGGCCUGGCUGAUUCCUCACCCCUCGCUCCCAACGUCCUUGAUUCCCUCUGGACUGAAAGCAAGAUGCUCCUCCCACCCUUCUUUUCUUAGAAGCCAAGCCCCUUUGUAAUCUAUAUAAGAUUCAUACCCCGGGGAUCCAGGGAUUGCAGAGACUGGCCUUCUGCUCUCACCUGGAGACAAAGCUAGAGACCCAGCUAGGCUCUCCCAGGGAAGUGAGACCACCAUGGCUCAGAAAAGUUUCUGCAUCUGGUUCCCACUUCUGGUCCUGGUGCUGCUGGCGCUGGGGUACGUCCAGCCUUCUCUGGGCAAGGAAUCCCGGGCCAUGAAGUUCCAGCGGCAGCACGUGGACUCGAACCUCACCAACUAUGGCCGCAACUACUGCAACGAAAUGAUGAGGCGCCGGGAAAUGACAGAUGGACGGUGCAAGCCGGUGAACACCUUUGUACAUGAGCCUCUGGCAGAUGUCCAGGACGUCUGCCUCCAGGGAAAUGUCACCUGCAAGAAUGGGCAGCCCAACUGCCACCAGAGUUUCUCAAAGAUGAGUAUCACCGACUGCCACCUGAGGCCUGGCUCCAGAUACCCCAGAUGUACAUAUGAGACCACCCAGAAACAUAAAUACAUCAUCGUGGCCUGUGAGGGGGACCCGUAUGUGCCAGUCCACUUUGAUGAUUCUGUUUAGGUCUCCACCUGAGGCCGGAGCAGUGAGAUGCACCCCCUCACCACUGUGACCCCUGCGUCUCCCCUCUCCCUUCCCUGCCCUGAGGGAAAUAACUCAAGUUGGUGCUCCUCUCCAGUACACAAAUGCUUCCCUGCCCAAGGCUUGCCCUUGCAUGGUUUGAGGGGUGAGGUGUGCCCCAUGUUAACCACUUCACAGCUUCUUUCAAUAAAACACAGUUGCAUCCA